AUGGUAGCUAGAAUCAAGGUUUGGAGCACAAGGAACUUGUCUUAUAUGGGAAGAGCUACUUUAAUCAACUCUGUUUUAAUCACUAUACACUCUUAUUGGGCUCAAAUAAUGAUCCUUCCUAAACGAUUAUUAAGGGAUGUUGAAGCUGUUUGCAGAGCUUAUCUUUGGAAGGGUCUGGCUGGCAGUAAUAGUCCGGGUUUAGUAGCUUGGCAUCAUGUGUGUUCGCCCAAGAAAGCUGGGGGUUUAGGCUUUAGGAAUGUUAUUGAUUGGAAUAUGGCUGCAAUGGGAAAGUAUGUUUGGGCAAUUGCCACCAAAAAAGAUAAUUUGUUUGUGAAAUGGAUUAAUAGUGUAUACUUGAUGGACAGAAACUGGUGGGAUUACCAGGCGCCUCUAGACUGCAGCUGGUAUUGGAAGAGCAUUAAAGCUGGUCAUGACCUUUUGUUUGAGCAGUCUCUUGCUGUUAGCUGGAGCAAAAUUGUUUGGGAUAGGCUGAGCAUUCCGAAGCAUAGGUUUGUGCUGUGGCUGGUUAUGUUGCAAAGGCUGCGUACUAGAAAUCAGCUGCAUAAGUUUCAGCCUUUAAUGGAUCAAUCUUGUCUGCUUUAUGGUGAUGAUAUUGAGAGCAUUGAUCAUCUCUUUUUUCACUGUCAUUAUAGUAGGGUCUGUUUGCAGAAGCUUAAGCAGGGGUUGGGUUGGAAUUCGGCUUCCUUAAAUCUGAUGCAUUUAAUUCGUUGGAUUCAUAAAGCUAAGAGGAUGAGUGUUAUCUGGAAGAGCUUUUUGUAUGCUGCGCUUGCCGCUCUUGUUUAUCACCUUUGGAGAGUUCGAAAUGAUGUGUUCUGGAACAACAAGUUAUGGCUUGUAGAUAAUACUGUACAAAGAGUAAUUAGGGAGCUUCAGGUUAGGAUCACUCUUGUAAUGCCUAAAAAGGCUAAAUCCAUAGAUAGAGAUUGGGUCACUAAGCUUAGUACAAAUUAG